CGCUGUGGCGAAAGCAGUGCGAUCAUGGCGGAGCGCGUUCAGCAGCCCCCAGCCAAACGGCUCUGUUGCCGACCCGGCUAUAACGCCGCGUGCAGACAGGGUCACCGGGCCCUCGGAGGCGUUUGCCCCGGUUCUGCCCAAGCGGGGUCGUGCAAAACUCAGAGCCCGGAGUCGCUAUUGGACAUCGCGGCGAGGAAAGUCGCGGAGAAGUGGCCGUUUCAAAGGGUGGAGGAGCGCUUCGAGAGGAUUCCGGAGCCCGUUCAGAGGAGGAUUGUGUACUGGUCAUUCCCACGGAGCGAACGGGAGAUAUGCAUGUAUUCCUCUUUCAAUACCGGCGGAGAGGAGAGUGGGUCCGCCGGGGAGAACGGCGAUGAGACUCGCCUGCCUUUCCGCCGGGGUGUCGCUUUGGUCGAGAGUGGCUGCGUUGACAACGUAUUGCAAGUCGGGUUCCACCUCAGCGGCACGGUGCGGGAGCCGGCUACGGCGUCGGAGGCCGAGGCGGCGUACAGUGUGGCCAUCAGCUUCGACCGCUGCAAGAUCACAUCGGUCACCUGCGGCUGCGGCGACAAGGACAUUUUCUACUGCGCCCACGUGGUGGCGCUGUCGCUCUACCGCAUCCGCAAGCCGGAGCAGGUCAAGCUGCACCUGCCCAUCUCCGAGACCCUGUUCCAGAUGAGCCGCGACCAGCUGCAGAAGCUGGUCCAGUACCUGAUCUCCGUGCACCACACCGAGGUGCUGCCCACCGCCCAGAGGCUGGCCGACGAGAUCCUGUCCCAGAACUCGGAGAUCAACCAGGUGCACGGCGCCCCUGACCCCACAGCAGGGGCCAGUGUGGAGGAUGAGAGCUGCUGGCAUCUGGACGAGGAGCAGGUCCAAGAGCAGGUGAAGCUCUUCCUCUCGCAGGGUGGCUACCACGGCAACGGCAAGCAACUCAACCUCCUCUUCGCCAAGGUGCGGGAGAUGCUGAGGAUGUGGGACUCUAACGGGGCGCGCAUGCUCACACUGAUCACAGAUCAGUUCAUGGCUGACCCUCGACUCGCCCUGUGGAGACAGCAAGGCACCGCCAUGACCGACAAGUACAGGCAGCUGUGGGACGAGCUGGGGGCCCUGUGGAUAUGCAUCGUGCUGAACCCCCACUGCAGGGCGGAGCACAGGUGGGCAUGGCUCCGGCAGCUCAGAAAGUGGAACUCUGUGGACGUGUGCCCCUGGGAGGAUGGCAACCAUGGCAACGAGCUGCCCAACUUAACCAACUCCCUGCCUCAGGGAACCCAUGGCAACCAAAACUCAGGCAGCCGGCUGCACCGGACGGUGUUCACGCGAGCCAUCGAAGCGUGUGACCUCCACUGGCGGGACCCCCACCUGCAGCGAAUCAUCAGCAGCGACUUCUUCCCCAGCCGCUGCUACACCGACGGCACCGACGGCUCACUCUUCGACUCCCGCGGCUGGCCUAUGUGGCACGAACAUGUCCCCACUGCGUGCGCCCGUGUCGACGCGCUGAGGUCACAUGGUUACCCCAGAGAGGCGCUGCGGUUGGCCAUCGCUGUGGUCAACACCCUUCGCCGGCAACAGCAGCGGCAGCUAGAGCACUUCCGCCGGCACAAGAAAGAGCUGCUCCACAAAGGCGUCACCUCCAUCACCAACACAGAGGGGUGGGUGGGGCACCCCCUGGACCCCAUAGGGACUCUGUUCAGCACGCUGAUGGAAACGGGGCGAGAGGGCGAGGACGGCUCUCCCUGUUUCCCCGACCCGGCAGAUGGCACAGGCCAGGGGAAGCGGGCGGAGCUCCAUCCGCUGCCUCCACGGCACCCCCUGCUGGACAGCGAGUCGUGCGUGGCGCUGGCUGUGGAGACUGCGCUGCUGGGGCUCGGCCAGCAGAGGGCGAUGCCCGAGGGGCUGUACGCCCAGGAGAAGAUCAGCCGCAAUGAGGAGCAGCUCAUAGCCCGGCUGCAGGAGGUGGAGCUCAACGACACGCUCAUCAAGAUAUUCCGAAAGCAAGCUGUCUUCCUCUUAGAAGGUGGGCCAUACAGUGGUCUAGGGGAGAUCGUCCACCGGGAGAGCGUUCCCAUGCACACCUUCGCCAAGUAUCUCUUCUCCUCUCUGCUACCUCACGAUGCUGACCUGGCCUACAGGAUCGCACUGAGAGCCAUGAGGCUACCUGUGUUGGAGUCCACAGCCCCCGCCAGUGACCUCUCGCGACCCCACCACAUCGUGUCUGUCGUCCACAACCGUUACCCGCGCUGGUUCACCCUCAGCCACAUCGAGUCGCAGCAGUGCGAGCUGGCCUCCACAAUGCUCACUGCUGCCAAAGGUGACAGCAGGAGACUGGAAACAGUAUUAGAAUCCAUCCAAAAAAACAUUCAUUCCUCCUCACAUAUCUUCAAAUUGGCUCAAGAUGCCUUCAAGAUCGCCACGCUCAUGGACAGCUUACCUGACAUCACCCUCCUCAAAGUGUCCUUGGAGCUGGGCCUUCAGGUUAUGAGGAUGACUCUGUCCACGUUAAACUGGCGGCGGCGUGAGAUGGUCCGCUGGCUGGUCACGUGUGCCACAGAAGUGGGGGUGUACGCGCUGGACAGCAUCAUGCAGGGGUGGUUUGCCCUCUUCACGCCCACCGAGGCCACCAGCAUCGUGGCCACCACAGUGAUGUCCAACAGCACCAUUCUGCGCCUGCACCUGGACUGCCACCAGCAGGAGAGCCUGUCGGGCAGCGCCCGCACGCUGGCCCUCCAGUGCGCCAUGAAGGACCCGCAGAACUGCGCCCUGUCCGCCCUCACGCUCUGCGAGAAGGACCGCAUGGCCUUCGAGACGGCCUACCAGAUCGUGCUGGACGCCGCCGCCACCGGCAUGAGCUACACGCAGCUCUUCACCAUCGCCCGCUACAUGGAGCACCGCGGCUACCCGGGCCGGGCGUACAAGCUGGCCACGCUCGCCCUGGCGCACCUCAACCUCAGCUACAACCAGGACACGCACCCGGCCAUCAACGACGUGCUGUGGGCCUGCGCGCUCAGCCACUCGCUGGGCAAGAGCGAGCUGGCCGCCGUCAUCCCCCUGGUGGUGAAGAGCGUGAAGUGCGCCACGGUGCUGUCGGACAUCCUGCGGCGGUGCACGCUCACGACGCCGGGCGUGGUCGCGCUGCAGGGCCGGCGCGGCGGCGGCGGGAAGCUGAUGUCGCUGGACAAGGCCCCGCUCAGGCAGCUGCUGGACGCCACGGUGGGGGCCUACAUCAACACCACGCACUCGCGCCUCACCCACAUCAGCCCGCGGCACUACGGCGAGUUCAUCGAGUUCCUGGGCAAGGCCCGCGAGACCUUCCUCAUGGCCCACGACGGCCACGCCCAGUUCACGCAGUUCAUAGACAACCUCAAGCAGAUCUACAAGGGCAAGAAGAAGCUGAUGAUGCUGGUGAGGGAGCGCUUCGGGUGAGUGCUUCCGCGGAGCGGUCACCUUGGUCUUCUCUCCGCUUCUUACCUGAGACUGCUGAUGUUUCACUGCUUAACACGGACAAAAAAAUGGAAAUGGAGGAAAAAGACUAAAAAGAAAAACAGCAGAGC